AUGAGCCAAGCGGACGAGAAAAAGACGACGCAGCCAGCCAGUGUCAAGGCUGUUAAGCAAGAUCCCAUGGACUGUCUUUUCCAGUGUUUGCGUAAAGUUCCGCCAAGCCCAACGCUAGAUCACCUUGCACGAUUUCUGAGUACAUGGACCGGUACAGACAAGUUCUUCAUGCUCGCGCAAUAUGGAUCGAACCUGCUGGUAGCAAUUCUUCUGUCGUUGCAUGCUCUUAAAAAGAGCAAGGACAAAAGCAGUGUGUUUUCACGUCUGGCACCCUACUUGAAAGCCCUGGGGGGACUCACAGCUGAUGCGCGUAUCCUGUUCCGAAUCUGGGCCAUAGUGCCGAUGGUCAAGUGGAUGGUUGGCAUUGAGCGCCAGCUGCCACCUACGCGGAAUUUGAAGCUGAUUGAGCGCAUGCAGGCGCUAUCUAUGGUUGUUUUUGGGUCAAUGUGGGCUAUCUACCACUGA